AUGGCGAGAAUCGCACGAGUUUUCGGAUCGUCGUCGAGCCGAGACACGGCUUCGUCACGGGCGCCCGAGCGGAUCGGGGUCGAAUCGCACCCGGUUCACUUCACGAGAGGCCAUCCGAUUUCUCGUGGGGCUGGGAUCUCUUCUGCGUUGUCGGAAGCGCCGCCCGGAUGGAAAUUGAACUAUGUUACGGGAGACCUGUUUUCUUGUCCGAAAACCGAGUCUCUCGCGCACUGCAUUAGCGAAGACUGUCGCAUGGGCGCGGGCAUAGCGCUGACAUUCCGGAGGAGGUUCGGUCGAGUGAAUCACGUAAUGAGACAGAGAAAACGGACAGGAGAAUGCGGUGUGCUGAAAGACGGCGACCGAUACCUCUACUAUCUGGUCACCAAACAGAGGGUCACGCAUAGACCCCGGCUCACGGACCUGAAGGCGUCGUUGGAACGCAUGAAGGCUCACUGUCUGGAGAACGGGGUUAAAAACAUAUCGAUGCCUCGCAUCGGCUGCGGCUUGGAUCGGCUGAAAUGGAAAGACGUGUCUGCGGCGAUAGAAACGGUUUUCGGGGCCACCGAUAUCGCCAUCACGGUGUAUACGCUGCCUGCUCCUGGCUCCUACGCAGCAAGGGACGUUGCAUACCUCGGCUACCUUGGCUGA